AUGGCACUUCUCCUGCGCCGCUCCCGCUGGCUGCUCCUGUCCAUCGUCUUUAUCAUCACCGCCUUUUCGCUCUUUGGUCAUGUAAAAUCUCCAUUUCAAAAACCCGUCGAAGAGUCGUACGGAAGACCUACGGAGCAGUCGACCUACGCGACGCCCCCAAGGCCCGAAGACGAAGCUUGGGAAUUCGAUUCGAAACGCGACAGCCUCAAUUACGGUCUUUCCGAUGAUCAGUGCAUGAGCGCAUUUCCCGAUUUAUUCCAAGAAAUCGACCGUGCUCGCGACUUUCUCCUGGACCAAAAUAAGCGCAUAAAAGAGUCGGAUGUCCAAGUGGACGCUAAGGAUGAUUAUACCGGUCUUCAACAUGGCGAAUUCCACGUUAUGAUUUCGAAUGGAGAACUAUACGUGAUCAAGGAGAAGAAGGGCGAGCCGGACCGCUCCCGUGGUCUCGCCGCCCUGGCCAACUUGUACCGCGCCAUAACCGCCAUCCCAGACCCUCGAUCGCUGCCGAACGUCGAAUUUAUCAUCGAUAUCGAGGACCGCGCAGCCAGGGGCGAAAAGAACCCGAAACGUAUCAGGUGGGCUUGGGCGCGUCAAGAAAGCAACCCUUGGCUGUGGGUUAUGCCCGACUUCGACGGAUGGAGCUACCCUGACGACGGCGUCGGAUCGUACACGCAGUUUCGCGAAGAUGUGGAAGAGCUGGAGACGGAAUACCCUAACGGAUGGGAUGAUAAGGAGGAUAAGCUGUGCUGGCGGGGGAGUUUGGCAGUGAAUCGUAAGCUACGAACCGCGCUCGUGGAUGCCGCGAAAGGACACGACUGGAACGACGUCGAGGCCAUAGAUUGGCAUAACCGUUCCAACAUUCUGGAUAUGCGAGACUUCUGUCGCUUCAAGUACGUUGCGCACACCGAAGGCAAUUCUUGGAGCGGACGAUUACGAUAUUUGCACAACUGUAACAGCGUCCCCGUCAUUCAUAAGCUGGACUACGUAUUUCAUUACCAGCCUCUUCUGAAGGAUAGCGGUCCUCAUCAGAAUUACGUUAAGGUGAGAAGGGACUGGUCAGACUUGAAGGCUCAGAUGGACGGCCUCUUCGCAGACCCUGAUCGAGCACGGCAAAUCGCCCUAGAGUCUACGAGAGUGUUCCGAGACCGCAAUCUCACGCCGGCCGCCGAGGCGUGUUACUGGCGCCGAAUGAUCCACAACUGGCGCGCCGUGAUGGAUUUCGAACCUCGACGUUACGAAACCAAGGCGGACGGUACCAAGGGCAGGAGAGGUAUGAGCUGGGAACGUUUUGCCUUUAGACAGAAGAAGAGCUUCGAGCAUGGUUUUUGGGAACCUGACAGCGGCGACGACGUAACCGAGUAA